GCUGCUCUGAGGCCAGGCCUGGCGUGUCUCAUGAUGGUGACAUCGUGGUCUGGAGCCAGGACAGAGCUGCAAUCUGCUGCCUGCCUGAUCCAGCUGCAGGGUGGACUUUGCCCGCCCCUGGUAUAUGGCAACUGCCCAGCCUCAAGGUUUCUGGCACUGAAAUCUGAUGUAUCUUCUAAUGUGAAAUUAAAGGCAGGUGGUAACGAAGCUUUCUGUUGUGGCACAGCUUCUGUUUGAGUAACUGUGGGGCUUGCUUUGAAAAUCUGCCACCUGCUGGAACAUAAAGGUGUGUCUUGAUACUGCAUGAAAAGGCUAAGUGACAAAAAGAGAGAUCACUUCAGAGGCCUUUGAAACAUGUACUUCUACGGAUGCAAGUGUAACUAGAUCAGCUCAGAAGGCAAGACUUUUGAUGCUGGGUUAGAUUCUAGUCCAUCUGCUCCAGUAUCCUGUCUUGGAAAGAGGCUCAGCACCUGAUGUAUUGAAGGAAGAUCCAGGAAACGUCACGGAAGACACCCAUGGGAUACUGUAAUCAAAGCUGCUAUGAGAAAAUACCCCAAUCCCAUGAAUCCAUGUGUAGUAGGAGUAGAUGUGCUAGACAGAAGCCUUGACAACCAGGGAAGGUUACAUAGUCAUCGCCUCCUCAGCACAGAAUGGGGACUGCCAAGUAUUGUAAAAGCGAUUUUGGGAACAAAUAGGACUUUGACAUACAUCAAAGAACAUUCUGUAGUAGAUCCAGUGGAAAAGAAGAUGGAACUCUGCUCCUCCAAUAUUACCCUCACAAACUUGGUGUCGGUUGAUGAAAGAUUGGUCUACAGACCUCAUCCAGAAAACCCUGAAAAGACUGUACUGACACAAGAAGCAAUUAUUACGGUAAAAGGAGUUAGCCUGAGCAGUUAUUUGGAAAGUUUAAUGGCAAAUACAAUAUCCUCCAAUGCUAGAAAGGGCCGAGAUGCUCUGGAAUGGGUGAUCAACAAACUAAACACCGAGUUUGAGGAACUGAAACUCUCAACACGGGAGAGCAUGAAAUCCGCAAUGGCAGCAGCAUCAACAGAGAAUUGAGGCCACAGCACUGAAGAGCUGUGACAAACAGCUCUAUUCUAUGAACUCUUCCCUAGGCCUCCUCCAAGACUGAGCCACCAUCACUUUUUGUAUAUGAACAUUAGAUACAAAAGAACUUGAAAAAUGAAUGUUGGGUAUCUCCAGCCUCCACACAGCUGCUUUAGAAUCCAUUGAAGAUAUAAGUAGAGAAGUUCAAGUUAGUCUCUUUAUUUUGUGCCCUCCAGACAACUGAAACAGAAUCUUUGGCAGUUUUUUAAAUAAAAAAAAAUGGUAAGGUGUACCUUUUAUAGAGGAGGCUUUUUUUCCAUUUGAUACCCUCAGUUUGAAAGUUUUGGUGUAUUUGAGCCUCCACCCUUUUCUUUUUUUUUUAAAGGGAGCAACUAGUGCCAUGUGGAGGGUAGGUGGGUACAAAAAGCACUGACUGUUGUUCCCAUUUUCACUGUUUGAUAGUCUCUUAUGGCUAAGUGGAAAUGUAAGGAGGAGAGCGUGACACUUUGUAGAAUGACAGAGGUGUUUACUUGGGACACCUAAGCUGCAUCUUGCAUGAUGGCACUAACUUGCAUUGUUAAAUGCAGUGUCUGAACAAAAAACAUACUUACCUCUUGGAUAUUUUGUAUCCAAAUGCAGAUUUUUAUAGUCAUGAAUAAUCUUAACUAUAAUAACUAUCUUUGUAGCUUUACUGGGGGAUUGAGGACUUAAUUUAUUUUCAUAUUUAUUAUUCAGUGGCUCUAGGGUUUUCUGUGUUUAAAAAAGAGCAACUGAUGUCUCUCGGAAAGCACUGGAUAAAAGUUCACUCCAUUCUUUUAAUGCGGAGGUUUUGAAGAAUAUCUUUUACUGCUUCAUGGGUCCCUAUUCUGCACUUCAGAUCAUAACUAUAGAUGCAAAUCUGAUGUCACAAAUAAAAGCAAUCAUCUGAAGAAUCAGCAGGAAACUGAGACCAACUCUAAGAGUAAUGUGUUAUUUUUCUUGUAACUCUUUAGUUCUAAUAAAAUACUACUGAAAAUUAGAGGCCAAAUUGGCUUCUUUUUUUCCAGAGCUUUCCAUAAGCCAUCACUGGUUCUCUAUUUAGUUUUUUUUAAGUAACAUUUUUAACAUAAUUUGGUCAUGUUGGCACAAAUAAUCUUUUUUAGGCUCAUUUAAACGUUUAAGUUUUUCACUGUCAGAACAAGGAAUUAAUGCAUUUCACAGAGUAAAAUAAUAGAAAAAACAAGUUAAAUAGCCUUGCAGAAAGUAUGAAAUCCAGAAUUGUUACACAGUAUCAGCUUGUUUUUAAACGGACACAAGAAGAUGAACAUGUUGUGAAAGUACUGAAAGUUUUGGAUGCAACCUUUAAGUGAAAAUAGAUGUGUUUGUGGGUUUUCUGAGUUUUUCUGUGCACAGACCAAAGGAACAGUGUUCUGAAGAGCUGUUUUCUUGCGCAAGCAGAAAAUAAAUGGUUUUGGAAGUCGA